AUUAUCAAAAGUGACUGAAAGAACUCACGCAACGCAAUUGGCGAUUUUUUUGUUAUAUUUUCAUUGUAUCACAUCCAGUUUCGCUCUAAACUCGUAAAACAGUGUUUACAUCGGAUAUUCGUAAACUUUAUACUAUACGACAUUACUGUCUAUCGGCUUAAGUUACUGGUUAAAAAUGUCUUCACCGACUGAAGAAAGCGUUAGACGGAACAGUGAGAGCGAGGGAGGCGAAGUGGAAACCCCAGAGCAUGACCCCCAUUACGACCCCAUAGUGUCGCUGCCGCUGGUGGACGUGCAGACGAACGAGGAGGAGGAAGAGGAGCUGGUGAAGAUCCGCGCGCGGCUCUACAGAUACGACACGGCGGAUCACGAGUGGAAGGAGCGCGGCACAGGCGACAUCAAGCUACUCCGGCACAAGGCCAACAACACGGUGCGCGUGGUGAUGCGUCGCGACAAGACGCUCAAAGUGUGCGCCAACCACUUCAUCACGCCCGACAUCCGUAUGAACGUGCACUGUGGCUCCGAUAAGGCCUUCAAUUGGUCCGUGUUUGCUGACUUCGCGGAUGAGACCAUGAAACAGGAGCUGCUGGCUAUCAAGUUUGGAAAUCCUCAGAAUGCUGAACUGUGGAAGGCGAAAUUUGCCGAAGCGCAAGAAAUAGUCCGGACCAAAUGCAGCCUCUACACCCAGGAUCCGUCGUCUGACGAUGAAAGCAGCAUCACUCGGAGCGAGGACACAGACACUCCGGAGCCAAAGAGUUCCGACAAGGCAGACGAGAAAACCACGGACAAAAAUGAUAAGGAUUCAGAUGGUGUAGUUCUCAAGCUCAAAGAGCUGACAGUGGAUAGUGAAAAAUCUGAGUAACUUGCUUAGUUUAGUCUCUAGUUCAUUAGUGUACUGUAACAUGUAAUGUUUUUAUAAUUAGUAACGUCAAAACUGCCCCAGUUUGUAAAAUAUUGAAUGGUGAGUUUCUUAACCUCGCAUUUUACUCUUCUAUUGAAGGGUUAGAAGAAAAAGGCGAUUUUUGUCUUGCUCUUUUAAAUUAUUUGUUGUAUGGCCUUAGUUCUAUUUAGAGCUAGAUCAAGAUGCGACGCAAGGUUAUGAAACAACUCAAUUGAUAUAUGAGUUAGUGUGUGGUUUUGGGAUAACAUGUGAAACCGAAAAAAAGCUGUAAGUCUUAUUUCAUUUUAACUAAAAUAAUACAGUUAAGUAUAGGUCCAAGAGCAAGAAGACUCAUUAAGGUGUCCCUAUCGACAUGCCUCUAAAUCACAGACAUAACUGAUAAUUAAUAUAAAAUUGUUAAUGUGCAAGCAUGAAAACCCUUUGGGCGCCACGUUUGUAUAAUAAAAUAGCACGAAUUUAAAACUUAUCAAUGCAUAUAGGUAUAUUUUAUACUGUGAUGUCACUUGUUUAAGACAGUGGCGGUCAAAAGGUAUCCUGAUCUAGUUUGUGCUUGCUAGUUUGCGUUCAUUAAUCUAGGUUAAGUAGUAAGUACCAGUUCUUUUAUUCAAAUGGAAUCUACACCAGCCAAACACAUUUGUUUACAAAUGUAUUGCUAGCUCUAUUGUCAUACUAUAGGCAUUGGAGGUGUAGAAAUAUAGAUUUGACUCCAAAACUAUUAUUGUUCGGUGGUUUACACAGCAAGCAAAUUUAUGCCGUUGCUGUAUCGGAAUAUUAAAAGGCAACACCACACAGGUAUACGUGUUACGGAAAUACAGAACAGAUAACGAUUAUAUUACGCAGAGGCUCAUUAUGAGAAUACACGGCAGCUCAAAACGUGAAAUACUGAAAUCUGAUUCAGGCGUCCACAACCCAAACAUAACAGAUACGAUUGCAAAAAAGUAGUCACAUAACAGAUAGUAUAGCAGAAUAGUGGUAAAAUCUAAAUAUACUGUUUGGAAUUGGUUUCUAGGGACACCGCUCUCUCUUUCUCGCUCUCCUUACAUUACUAUUCCUAUCUGAUCUGUUCCCAUUUAGGUCUGCUUUUCUUCUUUCUUUUAGGGCUCAUUUAGACGGCGCGCGAACUCGCUUGCGAGUUGCGAUGUUAGUUACAUUGCGGACCAUUAAGGUUACAUCAUUCAGCCGACCGAUCAAAUAACGUAAUGUAAUUAAACUCUCAUGCGAGUUCUCGCACCGUCUAAAUGAGCCCUUAGGUAAACAUCUAUGUGAAUUAUAAUUGUUCUAUGUCGGGCGUCAUCUGUUUUUGUUCUGUAAUAGAAUUUAUAAUUUAGUUCAAAUAUUAUCCUUAACGCUUAUUUAAGUUUAUUGCAUGUUACAGUAUCUAAUCAUUGUUUUAAGUUGUUAAAAUAAAAUCCUAACUUGUAGGCAUGAAUGUCGUGAUAUUUGGAUUUGAAUUUCAGAUUGAAAUACGAGAUAGAAUAAGCAAUGUGUAGGCCCCGUUACCAUGGAGAAUAAACCAUAAACUUAUGGGUUAGGAAAGUGUAAGAGUUUUUUCUUAUUAGAAUGCGUAUGUCUAUGGAUGGCUGAGGUCCAAGAGAAUUUUAUUAGUAUGUUAUUCAACCGCGGUAAUGAGGUCUAUUAAUAUACUUUUAGUGUUAACCAUGCAUUUUCCAGUUUUUUUUAAUGACGAUAUUUUACUAUCCUGGCUAAAUGAAUUUUGUAGUUUCAUACGAUUUGGAAUACAAAUUUAAAAUUAUGAAGUACGUGAUUUUAUCGUAUUUUACCGUACAC